GGAGGGUUUAACACCCUGAUGUUGCUGUUCUACUUUACACACCCACAUCGGUUCUGAUAUAAGAAGACGAAGUGGCACCUUCCAGACUAAACCUCUCACUGGCUCUGACGGUCACAGCACCUGCUGCACCACUAUCUGGCUCUGCCAAUCAUGUUGAUGGUUAACAUGUUGUUUAUUGUCCUCUGCUGCCUCUGUAUGAAGACAAGACCACUUGAUGCAAAGAUGCUGCCUGUUCAGACGAUGGUCCCAUCUUCAGCCCCAGAAGCUCCUGUAAAGGUUCAGAAUGUCUCCACCCACACCAUCUCAAUUCCCUCCCUGAAAGCCUCUGGAGCCUCAGGCCUGCUCACCCUCAACACAAUCCCCUUGAGCUUGUCCCUGGACUCUGUGGAUGACAUGUAUUACGGCUGUGCCCAGAAGAUGCUCAUCAAGGUGAAACGCCACUACCUGCCAAGGAGCAUCGGACAAGGUCUACACACUGCAUACACAAAACGUUGUGCCCUGAGAGCCAUGAGUACCAAGGACAUCUACGACCAUUUGUCCUGGAAUCACUUCAGGGCCCUGUGUGCCUACACAGCAGGGUCCUAUGACAACUUGAAUCGAGCAGUCCGCACGGGAAAGGCUUCCUACAGGAGGUCGUUCGAAUUCCAUGCUCUUCACUUCCUGUUGUCGGACGCCAUCCGGCUCCUGAAGCUCAACCAAAGGAGCUGCUACACCACCUACCGCAGGAGCAAACGGCUCUUCAGCGGGGAAGCUGGACAAACCAUGCGCUUCGGCUCCUUUGCCUCCAGCUCCCUCAACAAGAACCUGCGCCAGUUUGGACAAAGGACCUGCUUUGAGAUAAAGACGUGCUUCGGCGCCUACCUCAAGUCCUAUUCAGAGUUUGACUCGGACGAGGAUGAAGUACUGAUUCCUCCGUAUGAGAUGUUCAACAUAGUCGAGGUGGACAUGUCGGGAGAGAAUGACUUACAAUGUGAUGUUUACUUCAAGCUUGAGACGGCAGGAGUUUACAGCAGCCUCAACUGUCAGGCUCUGGACCUUUGACAUUUGCAAUGUUAACAUUUGUCUGUAUAAUUUCUGUCACCAUGAGCCACAGUCUCCACCAGUCAACAUUCUUAUGCUUCACUGUGCUGAAUUUAUUUAUUAA